AUGUCCUUCCUCAGCCUCCCCAACGAAAUACUACUCCUCGUUGCCGAAAAUCUCACAGAAAAUCCUCAAGACUUUUAUCAUCUCCUUUCCACCUCUCACCGCAUCUAUCAUCUAACUAUCUCUCGCUUCCACCGCCUUGCUCACCUACCAAAAGAUGGUGAGCCCGCCCUACACUGGGCUGCUAGACGGGGACAUAUUUCACUUCUGCUGCUUCUAUUAGCUCAAGGCGUAGACGUCAAUCUUCGGAACAAAGCAGUCCUCGCAGAGACAGCCUUGCACUCUGUAGCAGAGGUCGAGGCAGUCCCCGUGAUAAUAAGGACGCUCUUGAAGAACGGUGCUGGAGUGAAUCUACAAGACGCAGCAGGAGUAACCCCCCUUUCGAAGGCCAUGAGCUUCCAGAACUACGAACUUGUGAAAGCUCUACUGGACGAGGCCGACACUGAUGUCAAUAUCCCCAACAACAAAGGCAUCACUGCCCUACACUGGGUCGCCCUUGAGGGUCGAGACGCAACAUUCAGUAGGGCUGAGGAACUCAUCAAGCUUCUACUUUCCAAAGGGGCCUACAUCGACCAACAGGAUUAUAGCAACAUGAGUGCCCUCUACCUCGCCAUUUCCCGGAACCACAAGCCCACCAUCCGGCUUCUUCUCCAUCACGGUGCUAAUCUAUUUCUACAGCGCGAGCUGGGUUACACUGGGAUCAGGCGGGCGGUGAUGCACAACGACACCGAAAUGGUUGAGCUUUUUCUACAGCAGAAGGGCGUGGACGUGAAUUAUCGGGACCAGAGCGGGAAGACUAUGCUGCAUUGUGCGGCAAGCUUGACAAUUAGUGAAGAGCCGUGGGAUUUGAAGAAUGUUAUUAAGCUGCUGGUAGAGAAGGGCGCGGAUCCGAGAAUUCAAGAUAACUGUGGGGCUGUGCCGCUCACGUUGGCGAGGAGUCCGAGUGAUGAAAUCAAGAGGUUGCUGGAUCCUGGGACAGGUGUGCAUACUUGUAGGCGGUAG